CGCCGGGCCAGAGGGGCGUGAGACCCGGCAGUUGGAGCUGGGGCUGGGGAAGCUCUCCGGUUUGCAACUGAAUACAGCGAAGUAGAAAAAGCAAGGUGCAAAACGAUAAGUAUAGUAAGAUCAUAUUUACGUAGGAAGAUGCACAGCGUCAGACUGAGUACACACGUAUGUAUGCAAAUGCAUCGGAAAAGGUCUGACAGAGCUCUGGGGAAAGGAGAAAGCUGGGAGGGCGGAUGAAGGGAGCUGACUUGGUGCAUUGUGUAUGUGAGAUUCUUAACAUUAUUAUUUAGGAAGAAAAUGUGAUCAUGUAAUUGAAAAAAUCUGCACUUGGCAAGUUUGUUUCUCCUCUUGGCUUCCCAUCGGUAUAGACCUGUUCAGACUCUCAGACCGCAGGCCACAAAGGAGUCAAGAAAAACGCCUUUCUCCCUUCUCACUGCUUCACCACUUACCCCCCUUCACCUUGACACCGUUGGAAUUGGCCUUGGCUUUUGUGGAGAAGCCUUCCUCACAGCCCUGGUCCUUAUCACAGAUCUGCCUGCAAAACCCUCUCCAAAGGAGGAAACACUUUGAAGAUAGUAAAUCACACACAGGCACAUAAAUAUAUGAAUUAGACCCUAUUCCUAAACCGUAUUUGAUAAAUAUUAAGAUAAAAUGUUUACAGGAUAUAUCAAUUUUCUCUUAAACAGUUGUGCCAUGUCCUAUUAAUAUGAUCACAUGAUAUUAAUUUCUUAAUUUGAAAUAAUUUUUGACUUAGAAAAAUGUUACACAAAUGGUACAAAUAAUUCCAUUAUAUCCUUCACCCAGCUUCCCCAGAUGUUAGCAUUUAACACAACUAUAACACAAUGAUUAUAAGUAGGAAAUUAGCAUUACUACUACUCUGUUCACUAUCUACAGAUAUUAGUCAGAUUUCUACAACAAUUGUUCCUCCCCCUCACCCCAGUCCAGGAUUCAAUCCAGGAUCUCACAAUGCAUUUAAUUGUUAUGUUUUACAUAGAUACUUCUAAUUGGUGAUAGUUUCUCAAUUUUUCUUUUUCAUUACUAUACUUUUGAAGAAUACUACUCGCCAUUUUGUGAAUGUUCUUCAAUUUGGUUGGUUUAGUAUUUUCUCAUUAUUAAUUCAGGUUAUGCAUUUUUGGGCAAAAAUAUUAAAUAAGUUAUGUUGUGCCCUUUCUAGUGCAUCAUAUCAGGAGGCACAAGAUGUCAAUGUGUCCUUAAUGGUGAGGUUAAUUAAAAUGGUGUCCUUAAUGGUGAGGUGGUGGCUGCCAAGUUUGUCCAAUGAGAAGUUACGAUUUUCCUUUUUGCAUUGGGUCAUAGGAGGCAGACACCCUCAUCAUAUGUACCUCAGUUUUACCAUUCAUGAUCCUUGACUGCAACAGUUAGUACUAAGGUGUUUGCUAUGGUGAUUUUUCUACUUCCAUCAUUCUUACUAAAUUUCAAUAUGAAUACUUAAAUGUACAAUAACUUUUUAAAGGAAAAUACUUUUAUUGCUUUAACCUAGGGGGAAAGGCAUUUGGAGAUCGUGUGAUAUGCUGUGGAAUUAGUGGCUAAAAUGGAAUUUAUGUAUGCAUUACAGAUAACUGAAUUCUAAAAGAAUAAAACACUAUUCUUAAUACUUGUAAGGGCAUGGAUUCUAAAAUCACAGUUUACAUGGAUUUAGAAGCUCAUUAAUUGAACUGGAUUUAUCACUCCUGUGUUUGUGCCCAUCACUGACCCUUUUGAGGAUCUGUUAUUUAUGAAUCCUUUCCCUGGUAAAUGGUACAGUAAAAUGGUACUUAAAAAUAGAACAAAAAGUCUUCGAUUUUAUUUCCAAUAUACUGCUAAUUUUAGCUGACAUUUGCAAAACUGAUCUUUAAAUUAACAAUACAGUUGAAACUCAGCCAAUAUCUCACUUUAUUUAGCCUCCGUGUUUGCUGAAAAGAUUUACUGGAAGUCAAUGCACUGUAAGGAGGUGAAAUUCUUGUGGGUGAAACUUACAUAUUUCAAUCCAUUUGGCUAUCAAGCAUUUUGAUAAGACUCAUUUGAUUAUGUUACCCUGUGCAGCAUUGCCCCUAACCUUUAUUACUGUAGAUGGAAAACUGGUCCCAAGAUUGGGUCUCAGCCUUGAUGUCAAUGUUUCUUGCUUUCAGUAAGAAGGAAAACAGGAGAGUAAGUUUAGAGUUUUUGUUGUUGUUUUGUUUAUAAAUCACUUUCUACAACAAUUGUUCCUCCUCCUCACCCUGAGUAUCUGAUAUGUAUGAAUCCCUUCCCUGGUAAAAUGCACAAACCCACAAGCUGCAUGAGAGCACAAGCAGUCCCAUGUCAAACGGGGGGAGGUAGGGAGGCGGUUAUGGGGAGGAAAACGCUGGCUGUCAGAAGCUUCCCAGACACGGUUUUCCCUCCUGCCAUAUGGCACAGCCAGCCUCUCUUGGCAGCUCAGGUGGGGCCGCUAAGGCUGUACAGCCCAUCUGGCUCCUUGUCAUUUCCAUCUAACCCCCUCCCUUAACCCCCAAUAUCAUCCUCUCCUUUAUUACUUAGCCCCCAGUCUGCUCAGCUUUCUUGCUGGCUCUUCACUCCUCAUGAGGUGCUCCCUGUCACCAGCUUUCACCAACUCUUUCACCUCGCUCACCAACUCUUGGUUGGGAAGAUAGCGCAGAAGCUCAAGUGAGAGAACCUGCGCACUUCCAAAUGGCUGCAGCAGAGAAGCACUUAUUGAGUGCAUAUGUCAAUGCUCUCCCUUCUCAUCAGCACAGAACUCUUGCCACGUUUCCCUGCCUAUCUGAAAGUGGAACAAGAGCUGAUGAACACGUUGGGGGAUACGUCUAAUAUCUAUGGCUUACACAAACGGUCACCAUUACCAACGGAGAGAAAGUCCCGUUGUAACAAAACUUCCUCCCCCCCGACCCCCCCCCCCCCCCCGCAAAUGGAAAGAACGUGAACUCACAGAACCCGCUUCUUCGCCCGCCAACCCCCUCAUCUCCUGCUGGCGUGACAGCCCUCGGCGCCGGGCCCAGCUCAGGCCCGCCAAGGCUCGCGGCAAAGCUUGGCGCUCCAGUGCGCGCCUCCGCGGACAAAGAGCAAGCGGCGGUGAGGCUGGGCUGGAAGGUGGAGGCGGGCCGAGGGGCGCGCCGGGGGGAAUCCCUCCCGACCUCUGACGUCACCAAAGCGCUGGCCAAUGAGAAGCGGGAGAGGGGGAUUCCCGCUCCCGCUGCCGCCCCGCCAGCUUUUUAAACAGUACCCUGGGGAAUACUCUCUGGGAGCCGUGGGAGGAAUGGGGGAAAUGGAGGUUAAGAGCGAAAAAUGAUGGUCCUGGGGGAUGAGAGUAGAGGUUUGACGAUUAGGCGUCAAGGCUGGCUUAGACCGGGGGGAAAACCAGAGCCGAUCGAGGUGAGGCCGAACACCCGGCAGGGGAAAAUCCUCCUGAGAUGGAGUGGAAACUGGAGCGCACCGCCCCGCGGAGGGUCCGGACGGAAGAAGAGAUGCUGUGGGAGAACGUCAUGCGGGUGCUCGCCAAAGACAUGAAGCAAAAGAGAAGUCAAGGUUCUCCCAAGAUAUUUGACGGAGUUAAUACUACAUAUUCAAACUUUAAGAGCAACUUUGUGAAGAGACUGUCGGCAGAAGCUCCUGUUGCCAGUAGCCCAAUUACCACCAGAUGGCGGCAAAGCCAAACCAGGGAUCUGGCAGUUGAUUCCUUUGAGGAAGAGCUUUCAACCACUUACCUCCCAGAAGCUUCUGGAUCCGUGCUGAAGAUAACUCCUGAAAAAGAGACCUUGAUUCUAGGAUCCUACAAAGAACCACUGAAGACCCCCAUCAAAGGGAAUUUUGAAACAAAUAACUCAGCUCUCCAUUUUUGCAAGGCCCCUCAUGCACUGGGCAGAGGCUGGAAUGAAAAUGUUGCCUCAAAAGGCCAGAAAUGCCUAAACCAGCUAUUUUUGACCCAGAAGGUGGCUCAGUGGGCUAGUGGGAAAAUGCAGCUCUGUGAGAAAUCCCAAUGUGUUUGGAAAGGCUGCAGAGAUGGAGUCAGAGAUGAAUCCUUCCAUCUUAAAAGAUUCAAUGGUAUAAACUAUUCCAUACUGCAACCAGAGGUGAAGUUUCAUCUUACUGGUCUUCGAAAUGACUAUUAUCUCAAUAUUCUAGAUUGGAAUUUUCAAAAUCUUGUUGCUAUAGCCCUUGGAUCCUCUGUGUACAUCUGGAAUGGGGAAAACCACAAUAAGAUUGAAAAUAUAGACUUCACUCUCAAUUGUAACUAUGUAUCUUCUGUGUCCUGGAUAAAAGAGGGAAACUGCCUGGCAGUUGGCACCAGCGAGGGAGAAGUACAACUAUGGGAUGUGGUAACUAAAAAGCGGCUGAGAAAUAUGCUUGGUCAUUUGUCAGUGGUUGGGGCUUUGAGCUGGAAUCACUAUAUUCUUAGCAGUGGGUCGAGGUUGGGCCGUGUUUAUCAUCACGACGUUCGGGUAGCCCGGCAUCACGUUGGAACACUUCACCACCAACAAGCUGUGUGUGCUCUGAAGUGGUCGCCUGACAGUAGACUGCUUUCCAGUGGCUGUAGUGACGGACUGCUGACUAUAUGGCCCGGUGACCCGAGUGCAAAAGCACAGGUUCAACCACUGAAAGUCAUACCCCAACCUACAGCAGUCAAGGCCAUGGAUUGGUGUCCCUGGCAGUCUGCAGUCCUUGCUGUUGGAGGCGGAAUGAAGGACGGACACUUACAUAUCUUGGACAUAAAUACUGGGCAAACCAUCCAGACCCCAAACAUGAACUCACAGAUUUGUUCCCUAAUCUGGCUCCCUAAGACAAAGGAGAUUGCAAGUGGCCAAGGUACUCCUAAGAACGAUGUGACUGUGUGGGCCUGUCCCGGUCUGGCCAGGUCGGCUGGAUUUUUUGGCCACAGGGGCAGAGUGCUGCACCUGGCUUUGAGUCCAGACCAGACCCGAGUGUUUUCUGCCGCAGCCGAUGGCACAGCCUGUGUAUGGAACUGCUGUGAGUCACUCAGCCCCUCUGUGAGCUCCAGUUUCCUCACUUUGAAGUGAGAAUGAUGACAUUGGCCUUGUCUUUUCCAUGGGGUUGUGGUGAGGAUCAAAUAGGAUAAAGUGCUUUUUUUGCGGUGAAUGUCUGUUUUCCUGACUUCCUUUCUCAGGUUGCUUUAUUUUCCUCACUUCCUCCUGUUGGAUUUCCCAGACAUUGUCUUGGCCUCUUUUCUACUUUCCUCUCCCUCCUGCUCCUCUUCUUCCUCCUCCUUUUUCUUCUUUUUUCUCUAUCUCUUCCUUGUUAGAGAUGCAUUUCCACUGCUAUAGUCAGAAUAUCUAUAAAAGAUUUCCAAACUCCUUUUUUCCACUUGACUUUCCAAGCUCCAGCCUCACCCUUCUUUCUGCCUCUGGAUAUUUCCUUUCUGAGAUCCUUUCUUAUCUUUAGCUCAAACUCAGAAUGUUAAAAAUACAUACAAAUAAUAUUUUGCUUGAAAAAUAUUGAUUAAAAUCCUACUGUAUGGUAGGCAGUAUGUUAAA